AUGCAUGAUAGGAUCAUCCCGUAUUUAGAGAGGGCUGGAUUGUACCAUUUGGCCAGUCUAAACAGCCAUUGGUUCUGGUUGGAUGAGCCAUUGGUUAGUGCGUUCGUUGAGAGGUGGCGUCCUGAGACGCACACGUUCCACAUGCCUUUUGGAGAGUGCACAGUGACAUUGCAGGACGUGGCUUUUCAGCUUGGGUUGCCUGUUGAUGGGGAGGUUGUGAGUGGUUGCUUAUGUGAGUUUGAAACAUACAUUGAGGGUGGUCGACCAGCCUGGGAGUGGUUUCAGGACCUAUUCGGUGAGCUGCCACCACCGAAUAAGGUCAAGCAGAUGACGGUCCACUUUACAUGGUUCCACGAGAGGUUUAGUGUGCUACCACCAGAUGCGAACGAGGAGACAGUUCGCAUAUACGCACGUGCCUACAUCAUGAUGCUUUUAUCUACUCAGUUAUUUGGGGACAAGAGUGCGAACCGGGUACAUAUACGGUGGUUGCCAUUUGUGGCAAACCUUGAUGAGAUAGGGCGAUAUAGCUGGGGUUCGGCUGCGUUGGCUUGGUUGUACCGAUGUAUGUGUCGGAUAGCAAACAGAAAUGUGACUAACCUUGCGGGUCCCCUCCAGUUGCUACAGAGUUGGAUAUUCUGGCGUUUUCCCUCGUUGAGGCCGUCCGGGUUUGAUUAUUUCUCUAUUCCACUGGCAUCCAGGUGGUCUGCUUACUUACCUCCGAACGAUGGGAAAGAACAGAGGGUCAUAAGUUAUAGGCUUGCAUUGGAUCGCUUGAGCGCUCGUGAUAUUCUGUGGGAGCUCUACUCUGCGCUUGAUGUACUUGUUGUGGUCCAUCCGGAGAUACUCACAGAGGAGCAUUCUCGCAUCUGGCAAGCGGUCACUUCUUUGAUAUACUUUGCUGUCAUCGAGUGGCAUCAGGUUGAUAGGGUUGUCCCACAGCUUGGUGGAGUUCAGCAUAUCCCCGAGGACGCUUUGAACAUAGACUGGUUGCAUGCUAAGGAUGGAAGGGGAGGAGAUAGGUGGUUCCCCCAUUACUAUCGGGACUGGCAUUUACACUGGGGAGCAGACUUGAUGCAGGGCACCCAGAUACCUGAGGAAGCAUUACAGAGAGGUUCGUCACAGGUCCCUCGCAGAUCACAACUUCCUCAUAUGCCAGAUAACCGCCGUGUUGAGAGACGCCGUCGUGUUGGUACUCGUGAGUCCGGUCAAGAGUGGCGAUGGAUAUAUGAUAUGCUGCACGAGGAUGACGCAGGAUAG